AUGCGUACGACGAUUGCGUACUGACAGCUAGUAUUUGUCGCUAGAUUUGCGACAUCGAUUUUUUCCCCCCCAAUAGAAAUGAAAUCUCAAUCCUGAAAAUGAACCUUUAGUUUAAAAAUUCGCGUCUGCCGAUGGAAAUCGUCAGCGCUGUACAUAUCAUUAUCUUUGUUAUGAAUUUCUCGGGGUACCUGCACAGGCUAAGCUGAUAGUUUAGUUUACAUCAGUCCGUGUUAUAGCUGGUUAGCUUAGCCGGUUUGGAUUAGCCAGGUUUUUUUUUUUAUAUGUAUAUAUUUGUGCUUUUAUUUAACGGACGUUAAUAAAGUAAUGUUAGAGAUGUGUGAUCCUAUUGCGCCGUGAUAUGGUGUUCGGCUGUGUUUACUGUUACGUUGCUAGCUGGCUAACCGCAGUCUGUCAUCCGUCAGACAGAGCGUUAGCAAUAGCGUUAGCUCGCUGAAUGAGCGGAAUUUCAGUCGAGCACAAAUAGGCACGAAAACAUCCCCAGCUUUCUUUCUUCAUCUCACAGGAAUAUGCUUUAAGGUCGGGAAAGAUGUGUUAUCGUUUUCCUCAGGGGUUUAUCUGAGUGUCAUUGGACAAUUUAGCUCUUUAUUUGUUGUUGUUGCAUGCUUUAAUAUUGCUAGAUAAAGCUAACAACAGAUAACUGGAAACAGAUGUUGGAGAACCGUUAUUACCAUAAAUGCUAUAAUAUACGACGCCGUGAAUUAUAAAGGAUUAUAUAACGCUACCGAACAAUGUCUCUUAAGGCACCUGAGGCAGCGUCAGAUUUGUAUUAAAGGGGCUUCGGAUCUAUUACACAUUCCCUAUUAACGCUACUGGAGCCCUGGUAUUUAAUUUGAGGUCAUUUCUGAUAACCCUAUCCCUGACGAGUUGGUAUCUCAGUGAAGAAUCUGAGGAUGAAGAAGUUCUUCGACUCUCGGAGGGAGCUGGUUAGUGUUGGUCCUGGUUCUGGAGGUGGAGGAGGAUCCAGUGGAGUCGGUGGGAACUUCAUUGGAAGGACCUUCAUCAUUGGACAUCAUCAGGUCACCGUGGAGGAAACCCUCGCUGAAGGUGGUUUCGCCAUUGUGUUUUUGGUUCGGACCAACCAGGGUGUUCGGUGUGCACUGAAGAGAAUGUACGUGAAUAACGAACACGAUCUGCAGGUGUGUCGCCGCGAAAUUCAAAUCAUGAGGGAUCUCUCAGGCCAUAAGAACAUCGUGGGCUACGUGGAUUCGAGCGUGACGGCUGUAGGCGGCGGUGAUGUAUGGGAGGUUCUUAUCCUCAUGGACGUAUGCAAAGGCGGUCAGGUGGUGAAUCUGAUGAACCAGCGCCUUCAGACGGGAUUCACAGAGACAGAAGUGUUGCAGAUUUUCUGUGAUACAUGUGAAGCUGUAGCUCAACUGCACCAGUAUAAAACUCCCAUAAUACAUCGGGACCUUAAGGUGGAGAAUAUCCUGUUGCAUGAUCAGGGUCAUUAUGUACUGUGUGAUUUUGGCAGCGCUACCAAGAAGUUCCAAAACCCCCAGAGUGACGGAGUGACUGUUGUGGAAGAAGAGAUAAAAAAGUACACCACUCUCUCAUACCGAGCUCCUGAGAUGGUGAACCUGUAUAACGGUAAACUUAUCACAACCAAAGCAGACAUCUGGGCUCUGGGUUGCUUGCUGUAUAAGCUGUGCUUUUUCUCGUUGCCUUUCGGAGAGAGUCAGGUGGCUAUAUGUGACGGGAGCUUCACCAUCCCGGAUAACUCCCGUUACUCCUCCGACAUGCACUGUCUGAUCCGCUACAUGCUGGAGCCCGAUCCGGAUAAACGGCCCGAUAUUUAUCAGGUGUCUCACUUUGCUUUCCGACUUGCUCGACGUGAAUGUUCUGUCCAAAACACACAGAAUUCCCCUCUUCCCACCAAGCUCCCCGAGCCAAUAAGAGCAAGUGAGGCAGCAGCGGCAAAGAAGAGCCAAACACAGACCAAGGCCAGACUCACAGAUCCCAUUCCCACUACUGAGACAUCCAUCACGCCACGUCAGAGGCCCAAAGCUGCUCAGGCUCAGCCAAUAGGGGGUGUCCUGCAAAUCCAACCUGCUGCACUGACACCACGCAAGAGAGGUACACCUAUACACUCAGCUGUGAGUGUGAAUUUGGCCCAGCCAGCCGCAGCACUGCAGUCCCAGAUGACACACUCCUCUACCCAGCCUCAGCACAAACAGCCUGUGCAGCCAAUCCCAGUCUCAAUACCUGUAUCCGGAAGUGUAACUCCACCGGUGACAAGCCCCGCCCCUCCAGCAGUAACAAGUCCUGCUCCUCAGAAAACCAUGCCCACUCCGUCGAGUCCGGUUCCACCCACUGCUCCAGCACGUAGUGCCAAGCGCAAACAACAACAACAAAAUCAACAGCCACCAGCACAACAUCAAAUACAGCCUCUUGCAGCACAGCCACUUGAAGCCACAACUACACCCACCCCACCUGUCCAACCCUCUGCUGGGGAAAUGCCUACCAAUAUGGGCCUCUCCCAAACCCCGCCUUCUUCCCCAAAGACCCAGAAGGCGGGGCAUAGACGCAUCCAGAGUGAUGUCACACACAGUGCAAUGGUUGGUGUGUCCGCAAGCCAGUCAACGCAGCAGCUACAGGCUGCUACUGCUGAGGCCAACCUCAACAAAUCCAAGUCAGCCAGCGCCACUCCAUCCAACUCACCACAGUCUUCCCAGCAGAGUGUGUAUGAAUCCGGUCAGCAGUGUGGAUCCACCACUUCCGUCUCAAAUCUCGUUACCACUUCUGCCCAAAGUCUUGCCACUUCUUCUGCCCCUCCUGCCCCGAGUCUAAGCACACCUUCCGCUCAGAGUCUUGGCAACACAGCUGCUUUGAGUCUUAGUGCCCUGGACCAGCCGACCUGGAACCCCUUCGGAGAUGACAACUUCUCCAAACUGACUGCAGAGGAACUGCUUAACAAAAACUUUAGCAAACUCUCCAAAGAAACUGCAGAGCCUCCAAGCAUUUGCACAGAGGAACUUCUCACUGGACUGGACUCUGUUGAACCCAUUACUCAGCCUUUAGCUGAAAGACCUGCUGAUAUCCUGGGGUUGGAUUCAGGUGCCGAUUUACUGACGGUACCCGAAAAGCUAAUAGAAGGCCUGAAGUCUCCAGACGCAUCUCUUAUGCUGCCUGAUCUCCUGUCACUGUCUGACCCAUUCGGCAGUUCUGUAGAAGACAUGAGAGAUGGAAGUGCUGAGGUGUGUGUCGACUCGCUGAUUCCAGGGCUGGAGGCUCCACAGGUUCAUUCCGUGCAGUCGGAUGCAGUGAGGACAGACACUCUGAGUGGAGAAGACUCUCUAUUGGGCAGUCCUUUCUCCUCUGGCCCCGCCCCCUAUCUAGAUGAAUUUGCACCGGUGUCAGGUGGAUCUGUCCACAGCAUGACAGACUCGACAUGCUUGAUCUCUGGCUUUGAGCCACCGGGUUCAGACAAAAGUGCAGAUGACGAGUUUGACCCGAUCCCAGUGCUAGUCUCCAAAACGUCUCAAGGUGAGCCAAUCAGCAUGAAUGGUUACAUACCUGGAGCUCAGGAACAGGACAAGGAGAAGGAAGAAACUUUCACUAUCGUCCCCUCUGCGGAUGUUUUCUCCCUUGCUCCCUUUCCUUCCCGGCAGCAAGACGUUUUCCUACAGGCUCCGUUUGGGACUCGUAAUAAUGUUUCUGUGCUGCAGCAGCCAGUGACUGCGAAUUAUGCCAUAUCCAGUGCGAGACAGCAGCCAAUCACUGCGCAUGGUGUCGGCCCACGUCCAGUUAUGGCUGUCAGACAGCAACCAAUCAACGUGCCCCAUGUAGCACACCAUGUCUUUUCCAGUGUCAAACAGCAGCCAGAGACAGCGCACCGUGUGGUGUCCAAUGUUGGACAGCAGCCAAACACAGCGCACCGUGUUGUGUCCAGUGUGGGACAGCAGCCAAUCACAGCGCACCGUGUGGUUUCCAGUGUGGGACAGCAGCCAAUCACAGCGCACCGUGUUGUGUCCAGUGUGGGACAGCAGGCUGCGGUUGGCUCUGUCUCUGUUGGACCGCUUUAUUCCUGGACUUUGGAUGUCAGAACAUCAGUUCAUCCCAGGUAUCAUCAGGAGAAGCCUUAAUGUCCUACACAAACAUUUUCCGAAGCCGUGUCAGUUUAUGAAGUUUUGCAGGAUUAACGGCCUUUUUACAGCAAACAUGCUGCAGUGAAAUUAGUGUUUAUUUUACAGAGAUGGCGCAGGCCUGAGUUUUCAGUUCUCUCCAAAAUCAUUUUUUUAGUGCAUCACGGUGUGUGUGACGUGUUCAGACAGACAUUGUGAAGUCAUAUCAACAAGUCUGGUUUGAGAGUUUCCAGGAUUCUCUGACAUCAGAAGUGACAUCUUCAGCAUUGGGCUGGCUGCUCCAUACGUACAUGUUUUUUUUUCUUCUUUUUUUUCAUCAUGCAAAAAAAUUCUGUAAAUAUGUUGUAAAGGAAAUACUGUGGACGUGAUAUUUACACUUCAGGCACAGUGUUAUCCCAGUGAUGUGUAGGACUGUAGGAGGUCUCAACUACCUUCUUCCUCUCUGCAGCACUUUAUUUCCACUAUACUUCUCAUGUAAACCUCAUUAAUGCAGUUUUAUCACCUCCGGUACACAUCUUUUUUUUUCUAUGCAUUUUUGUAGGUUAUUGCUUAUCUGUAUUAACUGCACCAGUAUUUAGGUCUAUACUCAAUUUUGAAAUGAAGGAGAAAUGUGAAGGAAGCAUAUCAAACCCACAUUUCAUUAUUAAUCUGUAUCCUUUUUUCACAAAGCUGCUUGUGAUCGUUCUAUCAUGCAAAACUCCAGAAGAUUUAUUUUUGAUUGCAAAUCCAUCUCCCCUAGCCCCGCUCCUCAGGUCUCCUGAACCAUUCACAUGGCCCCGCCCCUCAGGUCUCCUGAACCAUUCACAUGGCCCCGCCCCUCAGGUCUCCUGAACCAUUCACAUGGCCCCGCCCCUCAGGUCUCCUGAACCAUUCCCAUUGCCCCACCCCUCAUUUCUACGGUACUGAACCAUUCCCAUGGCGCUGCCCCUCAGCUCUUCUGAACCAUUCCUUUGGCCCCACCCCUCAGGUCUCCUGAACCAUUCUGGCCCCACAUGCUAAUCUUUCUGGAGCCUCAUGCCUCAGUUCUUUAGCAUCAUUACACUGUCCCGUCCCUCAAUGCUUCGUAGCUAUUUUCUGGCCCCACCCCCAACCUCCCUGCCACCACUCUCCUGGCUCCACCCCUCAACACUAGAAAUAUUUCUCUGGACUCACCUCAUUAUUCUGGAGCCAUUUCAUUGGCUCCUCCCCUCAUUUGCAUGGAGCUAUUCCCCUGUUUCUGCCCCUCAGCUUUCUGGAGGCAUUUGCUCUGCAAAACUGUAAGAUAUAUAGCUGUACUAUAGGGACUGUACUCUUAUAAUUCAGCUGCAGCUUUAAGACUGUGGUUCGUAACAUAAGAAGAAAGAUAACAUUUAUAGAAUAACAUUUAAACAUAACCGCUCAUCACAUUCAGUACAUUCGUGUCAAUGUCUUAUUAACAUGUUCUUUGUAGAAAAUUCUCAAAGAUGCAAGCAGGAAAAUUAAAAAAUGUAUUAUCCAAACUACACGGAUGCAGUAACACCAUUGACUACGCCAUUAUACCUCUGUAUCUCUCCGCAUUUACCUCUGAAAUUAAUGCGGACGUUAAAGACAGCAGGAUUUCAGAUGUAAAGAGGAAAAAUGUUGGACGUUAAAUAAGGCAGAGGAUGAAGAGUGGAGAAAGCAAUGAGAACAGGUCAAGGUUACAUAGGACAGGUUAUAUAGGUCAAGUUAUGUAGGACAUUUUUUAAAGCAACUUCUAGGAUUUUGAUACAUUUUUUGCCUUGAUAUUGUGUCAUUUUGUCUGUUAGUUUGUCAGUGAAUGACUCACGUUAUUAUGUAUAAAUAUAAAGUUUGUUCUUUAUUGCUGAUCUCAAUAAAAAAGAUGGAGGGGAAUUUUAAAUCACUUCUGUGAGACAAAGCACAGGCUUCAGUUCCUGCUGUGUUCAUUGGCAGUGUACGCAUCUGCUGUCAGAUUCUGCUGGCUUUCAGAGACGGUCUAUUUCCACUCUCACGUCACUUACCAUCUAAAUGUCUCAGAGUGAAACCUGCUGUGUCAGCACAGGCUCGAGAGGAGAUCGAAUUGUUUCCACUUUCCUUUUAUAAGUAAUGGAGUAAACACGCCAAGAUGCGCUUAAUAAACUACCAAUAGAAGGGACAGAAACUGCUAUUCACUUGCGUCUGUCUGUGUCUCUAUGUAUGUAUCCAUUUCUGUUUCUCUAUGCAUGUCUGUAUAUCUGUUUAUGCGGCACAGACUGAGACUGAGGGUAAAACUCUGGCUUAACAUUAAAGAAAAACAAUAAUAAA